GUCAACCGUCGUCCUUGAAAUCCAGCCGAGAUUGGGCAAUUUGACGUGUAAAGUGAAACAUUUUAGGUUAUAGGCUACCAGAUCUUUGUUUGUAAAUACAGUGAUAAAAAAUAUUCUCAAAGUACAAAGAUGUCAACCCAAAACAACCCCACAGGUUUAACCAACACAGAAGACGAUGAACUAACCUUACCCAGAGCGAGCAUUAAUAAAAUGAUAAAAGAACUGGUUCCCUCAGUUCGAAUUGCUAACGAAGCAAGAGAAUUAAUCCUCAACUGUUGCACCGAAUUCAUACACUUACUAAGCUCGGAAGCAAACGAAAUAUGUAACCAGCUGCAUAAAAAAACAAUAAACGCUGAACACGUGCUAAUGGCUUUAGAAAAAUUAGGGUUCGGCGACUACCAGACUGAAGCUGAAGCCGUAUUAAAAGACUGCAAAGCCGUUGCAGCUAAACGUCGGCGACAAAGCACAAGACUGGAAAACUUGGGAAUUCCGGAAGAGGAGUUGUUGCGGCAGCAACAGGAAUUGUUUGCGAGAGCUAGACAAGAGCAGGCGUUCGCGGAGCAACAGCAGUGGGAACAGCUACAGGCGGCUGCACAAGCUCAGGCUUCGGCGCUGCCUAAUAAUGAUGAUGACUAUGAAUGAUUCGACUAUGAUAUCUAAUUUGUUAUUGUUUUAGGGACUAUAUUACAACUGUUUUGUACAAAUUGGAGAUGCUAUAAAAAGGCUUUGUACAAUAUUGUAAAGUUAAUAAUAAAUAAUUGACACUAUUUUUA